UUAUUUUAAAAAAAAACCAGGCAUAAAACACUGACCGAAACAGCGUUUUAGCCUGGAAGCUUAGUUUGGAUCAUGAUUGCUUCAUUAAACAAGUACAAGUUCCCCUUGAGCACUUUUUAAAUUCUCUCUCUUCUCACCACCUCCAUUGAAGUACUAAAUUUUACAAUCCCUAAAUUCCCAAAUGAAGAACAGUACAAAUCAAAUUGGGGCCAAGAAAAGUUAAUACCUAUCAAUUAUAAGCUCUGUUAAAGUACUAAAUUUUACAAUCCCUAAAUUCCUAAAUAAAGAACAGUACAAAUCAAAUUGGGGCCAAGAAAAUUUGAUACAAGAAAUGACAACAAAGAAACAUUUCGUAGUCCAUGGGCUGGUGACGACCACGCUGAGGAGGGGGCUAGGAAAUCACAGGCGCCUGUCGAGGGGGAGGCGGUGAAGAUGGCGGCCGGAGUUUAUGGGGGGUGGGUCACCGGCGCCUCCGGCAACUCUUUCUCUCUCCUCUCUGUACAGAGCAAAAAUAUAAGGCAUGACAACAUUAGUUACUGCCUACUGGACAACCAAAAGGUUGUUAAUGCAGGAGUACAAAAUAACUACGGUGAAAAGAGGAAGAAAGCAAGAAGGGAUUCAAGGGAAUUAUCAAGGGUUAAAAGGACAAAGAGGCUACAACAGAGUGGUUUACAGACAAAUCGGAGCUAUUUACAAGCAUCAGAUUUCCCAGAAUAUCCUACAAUAUCAAAGACAAGAAUGAGCUCUCGACAACGGGUGAUUUUGGGGAUUCCAAAACCUAAACACCAAAAGCAAUCAAAGACAGGGUAACCAUCUUGGAGGUACUCUUUUUGGUGAUGAAAUACACCUUCAAGGACGUCCUACAACUAGGGAAAGAAUAUGAGAUCGCAAAUGCUCCACUCAAACCAAUAUAACCAAAGUACCAAAAACGAGAAAAUGAUUGCCAGAUGAUUUUCGGAGGACAAACGAUCAUCGAACCAGUUGACCCAACUGCAGGUCCCAAAUUACAUCUCCAUCAACUCAAUUCCAAGGACCAGCUUUAAGAAUGAACGCUUCGAUUUGCUUGUUGUUGUCCUUUACAUAGAGGAGGUCGGGAAAGUACCAACAUCAGGAGGAAACUUGAUGAAUGUUCGCGAAAUCAUAGCCACUGACCAAAGCACUGAACAUCCAUUGACCAUCUCAAUUUGGGGAAGCCUUGCUGUUAUUGACACUGAGAAGCUUGCAGGUUGGGUGCUAAGCCCAAUAGUUGCAGCCUUCACACACUUACGUCCAACCACAUAUAAAGGGUUCUCCCUUGCAAGCUCAAAGUCAACUACUAUCAUCUCAGAUCCUACUGGGGAGGAAGCACAUGCUCUUCGAACAUGGAUGAAAGAAAAACAAGCAAUGCUUCUUGACGAGGCUACAAAGAUACUGCACAUCAGAACACCAUCAAGAACAACAACAGUCAAAACUAUCAGCGAAAUUGAGCAGGAAAAUGCUGGAAACACAAUGCAAGAAGAACGUCAUUGGAUACAAGCCACUAUCCCUAAUGCUGAGUUGGCUAACCUGAUUGCUUACCUAGGAUGUAACAAGUGUGGAAAGCGUUGCCAAGAAGCUAGGGACACAUCUUUCAAAUGCCUGCAUUGCUCAAAAAACAAAUGUAUUGCUACAGUCAGGGUUAAUUUCACAGUCAAUGUGACUAACGCCACUGGGACUCUAAGACUCACUGCUUUUGCUGAAGACUGCGAAAAGCUCAUUGGUCUCCCUACUUCAGAGAUAUAUGAGAAGAAAAUGGCGGGUGAUUGGCUGGAAUUUGAAGAAAUAGCUACCAACUUGAGGACCAAUUCAGGCCAUACAUUUCCAAAUUGCACCAACAACUUCUCUCACCAGAAUCCGGUCCCUCAAACGGGCUCUCAAAGACAUUUCCUUCGACUAAACACGCAAAGGCUAAAACAAAAAACAAAAACCAACUGUGUGUCCUUAACGACACCUUUUCCUUAGCUAUAUAUUUAAACUUAUUUAGUACUGGCAGAAAAAAAUCAAACCAUGUGUCCUAAAACGACACUUCUUCCAAAACAUUAUAUAUCUAUGUAUUUCGUAGUACUAGGCUGUUAUACAGCAACACCUUUUGUAAGCUCAAUGUUAAGCUCAUUGCACAACUCCAGUAUGAUGGU